AUGUCACAUAAAGCUGCUUCAGAAGCCCUGGAUAUCACUAUGCAAGACCUUUUAAAAAACAACAAGUGUAUGGGAGGUGUAACUUUAGUUUUAUCUGGUGAUUUUCGACAAACACUUCCUGUAAUACAACGUGCGACAAAGGCAGAUGAAAUACAUGCAUGUAUAAAGUCAUCUUACAUUUGGACAAAUGUUCAAAGACUGCGGCCGAAAACAAAUAUACGAGUUCAUUUAACAGGACAAGUCUUUGAACAGGAAUUUGCCAACAAUCUUCUAAGACUUGGAAAUGGUGAUAUUAGUGGUGAUGAAGAAGGGCUUAUAGAUUUGAAAAAUAUUGGAAAUCGUGUUGCCACAACCGACGAACUCAAAGAAAUGGUUUUUCCUAAUAUUCAUGAAAAUUACUGCAACCCUUAA